GUCAUCUCAUAAUAAUUAACGUCAAAACAGGAGCAAGGAUUGCAACAAUGGAGCAACAGCUAUGGCGGGAAACCGAGGAGAAGUUUAACACCAGCAAUCUCAUCGGCGACUCCAACAACAACAACAAUAACGCAAUCUCUCUCCAAACACUCUCAUCAUGUCGAUCACUUAUCAUCAAUCCUUCAACAUCAAACCUUACAAUUUCGUCCAUUUUGAAAACCCUAAUUCACACUCUAUUUUCCUCAAAUCACCGCCAUUACCACCACCACAUUUUCUCUCUCCUCUCCACUCUCUCUUUUCAUCACCCUUCCUUCUCACCGUCUAUAUCUUCUUCCAUUCUUUCUCUCUCUUCCUCCCUCAUCUCUGACCCUUCCUCCUCCCCUCGCCUGGCUGCUGCCGCUCUUUCUCUCCUCUUGUCAAUCUCUGCCGUUGAUGACCUCGAUGACAGUCUCCUUGUAUCUCUCUGCUUUCGUCCUUGUAUGUCUGUCAGGGUUUGGUUCUUGAACAAUGCGCUUAAGUUUUCAAUUCGUCCCAAUUUGUUGUUGACUGUGAUGUUAGGGUUUAGUGAGGACCCUAUUCCUUGUGUUCGUAAAGCUGCAUUGGAGGGCUUGGUUCGUAUUUGUGAUUCUGGUAUUUUUGUAGAGGAUUCUGCAUUUGUUGAGGGAUGUUAUUUUCGUGCUGUUGAACUUCUUGGUGAUCAGCAUGAUUAUGUUCGCUUCAGUGCUGUUCGUGCGGUGAGGGCAUGGGGAUGUAUGCAUGCUGAGUCGAAGCCAGAGGAAGAAAUUAAGGGUACAUGUUUCAAUGGUGUAUUUCUGCAGAUCUGUUCUAUGGUCAGAGAUAUGAAUGUGGAGGUCAGGGUGGAGGCUUUUACUGCCCUUGGAAAAAUUGCAUAUAUCUCUGGUGAUAUUUUGUUGCAGACCAUGUCAAAAAGGGUCCUUGGAACAAUCAAAGAAAAACAAUCCUUAGCUUGGUGUAGUUCACAUAUGCAUAAAAUUCAUGCUUCUGUUGCUGCAGGUUUAUUUGUUCAUGGUCUAGAGGAUGAAUAUAGUGAGGUACAACAGGCUGCCUGUAUCUCCUUGCGAAUGCUUCCUGUUAUCUCUGAUCAAUUUGCUAGUGAGGCUGUUAAUAUAUUGAAAUAUGGUCUUCAUGGUGAUACAACGGUUAGGCUAGAGGCUCUGAAGACGAUUCAUCAUAUAGUACUAUCUGGAUGCUUAAAGAUGCAGGAGGAAAACAUAGAUAUGUUGCUUGGAACUCUUUUGGACAGCAGUUCUGAGAUCAGAUCCAGAGCUUUUAAUUUGCUUGAAUCAGUUAAGUUGCCUGGCCUGAAGGUGUUUAAAUCAACUGUUGAAAGCCUCCUUAAAAGUGUGGACAUGUACCCCAAGAGUGAAGCCCAAGUUUUUUGUACGCUGUUUAGUAUUGGUCAGAAUCAUGGCAAUUAUGCAGUCAGAAUCAUGGAGGACUUCUAUGCUGAGAUUGAACCUUCCAGCAAUGGGAAACUGGGCUGUAAUAGACCAAGAGUUGUUGGAUUGCUAGUUUUAGCUAUUUCAGCUUCCAUGAAACAUGAAAAACACUUCAUCCGAAUUCCACCAUGGAUAUUUUCUUAUGCAGCUGCAUACUUUGGGCGGAUCUCUCUUGCUCUUCGUGAUAUUCUAGAUGUUGAUUCCCUUCUGGCAUACUUGUCUUACUGUGGUAAUUGGCAUUUUAUGGGGCAUUCUGAAACCAAGACUCGAUCAGACAUACUUUCAGCUGCUAAAGGUCAACAAGAAGCGUCUGAGCAUGUCCUCAGUGCAGUAAAGCUUAUCCUUCAAACCGUGGAAAGGUUAUGGAAGCUGGUUAAAUGUGGAUGCACAGAUGAAAUGAUUAAAGCAUUAAGGUACUGUAAAGAAUCUCUUAUGACAGUAAAGGCUGGUUCUUUUGCACAUGCUGGUGUAGUUGCUUUUGCAUUACAAUAUAUUCGUAUCGUAAAGAUUCUCACGGAGGUUUGGGAAAUCUUUGUGGUAUCCAAACAUUGUCUAUUGUCCGAAAUUGGUGACAUGGACCUGUUACUUGGAAAGCUAGACAAAGCAUUACUUGAUUUCAGAUAUAGGUUCAUUGGGUUAAGUGAAAAUGUUGAGCUUAUUAUUAUGGAGUUGCUGCUUCUCAAUUAUCUGCUGCAACUUUCGAGUCCUUAUACUCACGGGAAAGCCUUUCAUAAAUUAUGUACCGUGUUUUCUUAUGUGUGCCACUUAAGAAAUGCAAAAUCCAUUGCAUGCUCCGACUUUGUUAACCAGUUUGCAGAACUAUCCUAUGAUGGCUGCUUGUCUCUUGAGGCAACUCGCAACCCUAUCCAGUUGAAAAAACUGCUAGACUUAUUUUUGCUCAAGGAGUUGGGAGUCUCUCAAGGAAUCAAGCACAUUAAAGCAGAUAUUUGUGUUCUAGGCUUUGACUCUGUAAGUCCUCUGCAAUUCAUUUCAGGAUUGCCUGUGGCAAUUCCUCUUGAAAUUACUCUCUAUAACAUGACAAAUGAUCAUAGACUAUGGCUGAAGAUUACGUUGAAUGACAAGCUGACAGAGUAUUUCUUCUUGGAUAUGGAAGAAUAUGGAGGCCCUGGAGAGCCUAGGCAAUUUAAGUGCACCUUGCCAUUCUAUAGAACUCCAGAAGUAGUUGCUUUCACAUUGAGAAUUAGUAUGGGUAUGGAAUGUUUGUAUGAGGAUUUGCAUUUGUGGAAUGGCCAUGGUGGCCCUAAACAUGCCCUGACUUUCAUUAGCCCGGAAAUAGAAGUGGAUUUCUCUAACCUCAAGACCCCCCAACAUGAUGAAUGUUAAGACUAUUUAUAUUAACAGUCAUGAAAAAUGGGAAUUAGCGCAGUAUUGUAUUAAAGGUGCACAAUGCCAGAUUUCUCUUUUUCUUUCCUCUUCUCUCUCAUAUUCUACAGCUAGUUGACAACUGUUUUUUCCCAACUUGAAUCAACCAGAUCAAGAUUGGAAAAAUGUGUGUUGUGGAUCAUUCGAGCAUAUGAAGACUCAAAAUAGAGAUGGAGAUAUUAAAUUUCUAUGGAGAUGAUAAUGAAAGAUGCUCAUUCUAUGACAGAGCAGAAAAUCAAACCCAUUACCAUUGUAAAUCAUAUGUUGGAUUGUCCAUCUUAUUUUUCUCCAAAAGUUUUGGUACUUCUAGUUUCAGGACAUGGUUUGAAUCUGUGCACCGCCUUCUUAUCCUCUUCCAGUUUUUUGCUGAUUUUUCGAACUGAUAGAAAGUUUUGAAGAAUAACUUAAUGGUUGAUUUUGAAAUGUUCUUGUGAGUUGUGACCUGUUUGCUUCCAUCAUGCUUUGAGGCUAUUGAACUAUAUAGAAAACAAGGAUCCAUAUCUUCUGUCAACAAAUUCAGGUAAUCCCUCAAAAUGCUGCCACGACAUCCUAAGGCGACUGUCCCUUGAUGUGGGGUCCAUGAAAGAAAGUUGCCACAAUAAAGAAAGAAGCAAAAAGUUCCAAUCGAGUUGGGUUAGAGGGGUUGAAAUUGAAGACUUUAUCCAUGAAAUCGGGCCAACUGAAUCUGCUUAUGUACCACACCACUCUCCAACCCCUUCCUCCUCAGCGGAACAGCAGCCAAGAUCAGCAUGUAAAAGCUUGAACUCGAGCCAUUGUAUAUUUGUAUCAACUCGGUCACAAUUUUUGGACUUUUUACGAUUACUUGAUUGCUUCUUUCACAUUCCCACACGUUCUUCCAUUUGUCUCGGCCACUUUUCUGACUAUGGAAGCUCCUUUACUAACCACCAUCCCCAUUUACUCCUUGGAAGAUACAACUGACUUGUUGGAUUUCUGGAGGAUUUGGUAGAUUUAUGGUUAAUCACACUUGAUAUGUACCCUUAAAAGUAUAUACCCCGAAGACAUCUACAUGUUCCCUUAAACAAUAAUGUAUAAUACUCCUAGCAUAGAAAUGUACUUUCUAAAAUUGCAACUGUUUACCCGAGUCCUAACACUUCAAUUUCAUUGAACACAUGUAUUGUCUAAAUCAAAAAAAUCAAUGUUGUGUUGUGCAACCGUAUAUUUGAACUUAUUUGAUA